AAUGUUCUCGUUGUCAAGGGCUGUCUUGUACGCAGGCGCAGUAGCGACACAGCACAACCAGGCAGAGAGCGACUGGCACAACGCAGAGGGACAUUUUGGCCUUUAGGCUGAGCUUUUUGUGGAUUUGGGUCGACGGAAGCAUCGGUUACUAAAAUGACCAGGGGAAAUCAGCGUGAGCUUGCACGCCAAAAGGCUGCCAAGAAGGCGAACGACACCGGCAAAGGGAAGAGAACUGACGACGGGCUCUCAGCCGCUGCUCGGAAGCAGAGGGAUGCUGAAAUAAUGCAACAAAAGCAGAAAAAGUCAGACGGUGGAGAGAAAGACAACCCAAAGUCCAAGUGAAGAGCUGACUUCAUCCCGUAUUCGGCUUCCUCCCUGAUAAAGAUAAACGCCUGUAAUGUCAUUUUUUAAAUAUCCGAGACUCCACAUAGAAUUCAGCCUACAUUCUCUUCUUAUGGCAAUGGAAUAUUUUUUUCUGGGGUGAAAUUGUUCGUCAUUAUCCCACACUGUGCAUGCAGAGGAGCGUCGGUGCUUUUAGUAGCAGGAGGAAGAUGAACUAUUGUCCACUCAAAGCAUCGUCGUAAUUUUUUUUUUAUUGUAUAAACAUGUCUCCUAAUGAUUACAAAUAAAGAGUAUCUUUGUAGUUCA